UUAUUCCGCACUUCACACUAAAACCCACAACAAACAUUUCUGACCCGACAGAGAGGGAAGCGGAAACACAAAUAAACAAAGACAAGAGAGAGAAAGAAGGAGAGAGGGAGCAAGAAAGGAGAGAGAGAUGGCUGAGGCCCCGAAGAUUGAACUCUUCAUUAAGGCCAGUGAUGAUAGUGAAAGUGUUGGGAACUGCCCUUUCUGUCAGAGACUUUUCAUGAUUCUCUGGUUAAAAGGGGUGAACUUCACCCUUACCACUGUGAACAUGAAGAGGGCCCCUGAAGUGCUUAAGGACCUGGCUCCAGGUUCUCAGCCUCCCUUCCUUAUUUACAACAAUGAGGUCCACACAGACACCAACAAGAUCGAGGAGUUCCUGGAGGAAACCUUAGCUCCCCCGCAAUAUUCUAAGUUGUGCUGCAGAUACAAAGAGUCCAACCAUGCUGGCGACGACAUCUUCCACAAGUUCUCAGCAUACAUCAAAAAUCCCAACCCUGGACUCAAUGAAAUGUUGGAGAAGAAGUUCCUUAAAAGCCUGAUGAAGCUGGACCAGUAUCUACUGACACCUCUCCCUUAUGAGCUGGACCUGAUCCCGGAAGCCAACCAGUCCUCACGCCAUUACCUGGAUGGCGACUCCCUCACCUUGGCAGACUGCAACCUGCUGCCCAAACUCAACAUAGUCAAGGUUGUGUGUAAGAAGUACCGCGACUUCGCCAUCCCCGCGGCUCUAACAGGUCUGACGCACUACCUGGGGAGGGCCUACCAGCAGGACGAGUUCCGCUACACCUGCCCCAAUGACUCGGAGAUCCUCCUGGCUUACCACUCAGUGGCCAAGUACCUGAACAAGUAGAUCGAAGGAGAGAGCAGAGCGAGUGAAAAAGGAGGACGAGGGAGACGUAAAUUAGGUAGAGAGAUGGAGCAAACUAAAAUGGUCAACGUGACAAAACAAGUGAAGACAAACCCUGUUUUGGUUCUGUUCGAGUGAUUUUAAUUCUAGUUCUCCCAAGUGUCCUUGCAUUUAUGGGUUAGGCUCUGAUACUGUACGACUGUCAGAAAAAAAACAGCUGAUGAGAUUUCUUAUAAAUUCUGUGUACAUAGACGUUCCUGUGCUUGUAUCAUGCUGAAUUAACUGUCCUAUAAGAUAAACAGGAAGCACUGUAAAUGACAGAAAAUCAGUCUUUGAUGUUAGUAUAUGAAGAUAUAGUAUGUAAUGUAUGUAUGCAUUUAGUUUUUUAUGUACAUCUUAAUUGAUUCACUUCUCGUUUGUGAAAUCAAACGUUGAAAUGACAUUUAUAUCGUUAUUUCACGCUAAUAGGAAGACGUGAAAUCCAGUUAUGAAGUAACAUGCUCAAUAAAGGCGAAGUAAACCAU